AUGGCCGCAAACCAAACCUCGAACCCCACGCAAACGAGCGGAUUCGGAGCAUCCUCCCUCUUCGGUACCACUUCCACGCAGCAGCCCCAGCAACAGCAGGGUGCUCCUUUGGCACAAACAAACGCGGGAACCGGCCGAUCAGCGCACUUCGAUCACCUUCUUGAGAGGGGCCGGAAGCGCAAUGCUGGCGAGAAUGGUCCUACCAAUUUCGAUGAGCUGCCGUCGCUGCAGCUGGGCCUUGGGGACAUCGCCCGCAAGGUUCGCAAUCUAGGCGCUGGCGGUCCUUCAGCUGCUCAGGCUCAGGAUGGCACACAAGACCGUGCCGCGCACUACCUACUCUCUGCAUCCGGGGUGAAGAUGGGCAGCACCCUCCGCGAUCUCAACCAAUUCUCGUCCCAAGCAGGUUACGGCGCGAAUGUAUCUGCGCAGAACGUAUUCGAUAGCGACGUUGACAGCUACAUCUCGAACCUCCACUCCCAGUCGACUCUUGCACUUAUCCAAGAAGGCUUGGAACAGUCGAAGCGAGACUUUGAUACAUUCCUGGAGGACAACGUUCAGAUCGAGUGGGACAAGCAGCGCCAGAAGAUCUACGAACACUUCGGCCUUGGCAGGCAGAGUGAAGAGAUGGCAGCUUCCCAGAGCACAUUUGGCAACACAGCUCGAGGCGCGUUUGGGCGCUCCACACGCAAAGGCCGUUCGAUGGGACCUAGGGGCGCUGCGACGAACGGCGCUUCGACGUUUGGAGCAUCCUCAGGAGGACCGCCGGUCAUUGGCCAUUCCCAGAGCGUUCUCAACGGACGAGACUCCUCCGAGAAGUCAGGCUUUGGCGGACAGUCUGGCCCACAAGAUCGUCAUGUUCGCGACAAGCAGGAAAAGUUCAUGGAACAGGUGAAGAACCUCAACGAGGAAAGGCAGCGCGAGGCUCCGUUCUCGGUUCUGCAUGCUUUCUCCAAUGUGGAGAGCGCUACAGCUGGAGACAACUCGGACCACUUCGUCAGCGCAUACGGAGCCCUCAUAUCCAUCAGUGGCGAGCAGACCCAGGCAGAGGCAAUCAACCCGGGAUCGAACAAUCCAAGGGCGCGAAGCUUUGCCCGCGAUUAUCUGGACGACGCAGCUACAUCGAACACAAACAUCAAGAUGCGAAAGCGAAUUCUGGAUGGAUCUCGAACGUAUCUUGAGAAGAGGUUCUUGGAGCACGUGGAGGAAGUCCUCAAGAAGAACCCGUCUGAAGCUCUAGUUGGCGGUGUGCCUUCGUUGCUGAACAAGAUCCGCGGCUUUGUUCGAGCCAAGGUAGCCUUCAAGGAACUUGGCGCAGACCUUGAAAUUCUCCAGAGGAUAGGUGACUCUGGCGAAGAGUACCCUUGGGUCAUUGUGUUCUACUUGCUGAGAGGUGGUCUUAUGACGGAAGCUGCGGAUUACGUACGCGAGAAGAAGAACUUCUUCCAGAACAAUGACCGGAACUUCCACCCAGCAAUCGCACACUAUGCAACAGACCCUGACCGUAGACUCAGCCCUGACCUCCAGCAGAAGAUCAGCCAUGUCCACGCGCAGCGAACCCGCAUCGCCACAUCGAACGAUCCUUACCGGACAGCUUGCUAUAAGAUCAUAGGUCGUUGUGAGAUGAGCCGCCGAAACCUGGAGCCGAUCAGGGAGUCUAUGGAUGACUGGGUGUGGCUGCAGUUCAACCUGGCUCGUGAGAGCAACCGAGCCGAAGAGAACGCCGGCGAGAUCUUCGGUCUUGAGGAGUUACGGUCCACAAUCAGAGAUAUCGGGCAACGCCACUUCAUGAACGACGAUGGCGAGGCUUCAGGCGGAUACGGAGUUUACUUCUACUUGGCCACACUUGCAGGAAUGUUUGAGCCGGCCGUCAACUAUCUGUACCAGCACAACUAUGUCUCAGCGGUCCACUUCGCCAUUGCACUGGACUACUAUGGCCUGCUCAGGGUGUCAGACUGGAGUACCGCUGGUAACGAGAUUCUGACCUACACCACGAAACAACAGCCACAGCUUAACUUCGGACGAGUCAUCGGCUUCUACACGGGCGAUUUCCGUGCUGCUCGAGCUGAUGCAGCAGCUGAAUACCUGAUCCUGAUCUGCUUGAAUGCAGAUCUGCCAGGGGAAGCGGGCAAGCAGCAAGCAGAGCUUUGCCAUGAAGCUCUUCGCGAACUUGUGUUGGAAACGCGAGAGUUCUCGACACUCUUGGGUGACGUCAAGUCGAAUGGUCAAACAAAACCUGGACUGAUCCAGGAGCGUCUGCCACUGCUCAAGCUAAGUGGCGAGAAUGGUUUGAUCAACACCAUAACUCGGGAGGCGGCCAAGAUGGCAGACGACAACGGACGUACCAACGAUGCUGUCCUUCUCUGCCACCUGGCCAACGAGUAUGACAGUGUUAUCUCUAUCCUAAACCGUGCUCUAUCGGAGGCUCUUUCCGUCGAGAUUGGACAGGAGCCACUUCGCCUUGAGCCCUUGAAGCCGCGACUCCUUGCUGUAGACGGACAACAACAGCAGCAGCAGCAGCCGAUCGACCAAACGUCCACUAGCUUGAGCAUGCUUGGGACUGAUGAUCCAAUUGACCUCGCACAGAAGGUCAUUGCCCUAUACGACGGCAACAACUUGUGGUGGCGAAAGGUGUCAGAGCUGAACCGUGACACAAUACGCAUACUGUUCCAGCUCAACGCGGCAAAGAAGAUCAUCGAGGCGCGCUCAUAUAUGGAAGCUCUUGGCAUGAUUGAGAACCUUCGUAUCCUCCCCCUGUCCGCCAACGGCAACGUAUCGGAUAUCCGUUCGUCAGCAAACACCUUCAGCUCAUACCCGCCAGAGAUUGCACGUAACAUCGGCAGCGUGCUCCUAUGGUGCAUCGGCUGCUGCUCGCGACACCGCGAACACCUGCUCUCUGGCCAGUUUGAUGAUCCUAUGCGUAAGAAGUUGGCGGAUCGGUUGCUGCAGAAGGCCAAGGAUCUUAUGGUAUUUGCAGGUCUCAUCAGAUACAAGCUUCCUCCGCGAGUAUUUGAGACGCUGGCAAAGGAAGGUCAGGACGUUGGUGCUUAUUGA